GGUUAUAAUUAUGAACUUAGGAAGACAAUAUUUUGUGAAGUAUGACAUAUAGAGAUGGAGCAACAGCAACCUCCUCAUGUAGUGCUUCAUUCCAUACCAGCACACGGCCAUAUUAGACCCUUAUUAUUCUUAGCACAACUUCUAAGCCAAGCUGGCUUUUGCAUAACCUUCGUUUUUACCCAUCACUUCCGCAAGAGCUUUGAAAACCUCACAGCUCUCUCCACUCAAUUCCCAAAUCUCCAUUUCGAGUUCAUCUCCGAUGGCCUACCGGACGAUCAUCCUCGAUCCCUUACCUUUGAUUUCUUUUUCGAUAUUAAGACGAAAACUAAGCCACACUUGAAAGAGCUGAUCCUCUUGCUGAAUGCUAAGUUGCCUCCGGUAACUUGUAUCAUAAGCGACCAAUAUAUCCUUUAUCCAGUUGAAGUAGCAGAGGAGUUGGGGAUCCCUUCGUUUACUUUUUCUUCACACAGUGCUUCUUGCACAUUGACAUAUUUUAUUGUCCCCAAGCUCAUUGAAGAUGGUCACCUUCCUUUUGCAGACGACGAUAUGAAUCAUGAAAUUAUUGGUGUGCCUGGAGUCGAAGGCAUUCUACGACGCAGAAAUCUACCCGCCUUCUGUGUGCUACCGGAUGUACACCAUCCUGCAUUUCAGUUCCUUCUCAAUGAGUUCACCGGCAUGACUCGGUAUUCUUCAGGUCUUAUAAUCAACACCUUCGAUGAGCUUGAAGAUCAAUGCCUACCUCAGCUUGCCACCCACUUUGGCAAAGUUUACUCAGUUGGACCUCUUCAUGCAAUCUUGAACUCUAAAAUUGAAAAAUAUGGCUCCCAAUUGAUGGGAUCUCAUAUCUCUUCAUGGAAAGCAGAUCAAAAUUGCCUUGCAUGGUUGGAUUCACAGCCUUUGAAAUCGGUUCUUUAUGUUAGCUUUGGGAGUCUGAUAAAUGUAUCAGUUUCACAGUUAUUGGAGUUUUGGCAUGGGCUUGUCAACAGUGGACAUCCUUUCUUGUGGGUUAUACGGCCAGAUGUUAUAUUAUCAGAAGCAGAGCAUGGGAUUCCUGAAGAACUUAAAAUCGGUGCUAAAGAAAAGGGUUACAUUGUGGACUGGGCUCCACAAGAAGAGGUAUUGUCCCACCAAGCUGUAGGUGGGUUUUUCACACACUGCGGUUGGAACUCCAUCUCAGAGAGCAUCAUGGCCAGAAUUCCCAUGAUGUGUUGGCCACUAAUGUAUGACCAAUUGAUUAACUCUGACCUUAUAACCAAAGUGUUGAGAAUUGGAGUUGAAUUGGAAGCAUGUGAUAGGUCCACUAUAGAGACAACAAUAAAGACUUUGAUGGAAACAAGAAGGGAGGAAUUUCAAAAUUCAGUGAAUAGAAUGGCAAAAUCUGCUGAGGAUGGUAUUGGACAAGGCGGAUCUUCAAAUCUAAACAUAGAAAUUCUAGUCCAACAUAUUAAGAAAAUGAAACAAAAUUAAGAGCCAAAAAACAUAUUUGUUGAUGUUGAAAGGAUUAUAUGAAAUGAUAUGCAUUGGUAUGCAAUAACUACUGUAUAGCUUUGUCGUGUGGUGAAUUUUAUAUUUUAUUCUUUUGUUUUGUAGCUUUGUUGUGCGGUGAAUUUUAUAUUCUAUAAUGUCCCCAUCUGUUGAAAGGAAAAAGAAGGGAAAUAUGAAGAUUUAA